AUGGCGGCCGAGCCCGGGCGCUCGUGGGCUCCGGUGCGCAGCACGCUGGGCGCGAGCGAGGCGCUGCGGCGGGGCGCGGGUCUCCGGCGGGACCCCGGUUCGCACCCCAAUGGGCCGGUUCCGGAAGACGUGCGCGUCCCGGGCCCCGCGGCUCGCGCGCGGGCUCAGCAACCCAGAGAAGCGGGAGCCGGGGUCAGGGCGGCGGGGCCCAGCGAGAGGACGGACGCGCGCAGCGGCGGCGGCGGCUCGGUGUGCUCGGUGUGCGGAGAGCCGCGCGGCGGGGCCACCUACCCCGCGGGCGUGCUGGAGGUGAGCGAGCGGCGGCUGCGCGAGGGGCUGGCGGCCGUGCGCGCCGAGCUGGGCGCGGGCCUCGAGGCGCUGCGCGCGGAGCUGCGGGCCGAGCUGGACGCCCUGCGCGCGCUGCUCCCGCCGCCGCCGCCGCCGCCGCCGCCCGCCCGCCCGCCGCGCCCCCCGCCCCGCGCCCCGGCCCUGCUGCGCGCGCUCCGCACCGUCAACACUUUAGUCUCGGCCCCGAAGCCCGCGCACAACGGCCUGGACCACCACGGUGGUACGAACCGUGCCUUGACCGGAAAGAACCCCAAGAAAAUCCCAGGACCGCCUGCAGCUUCGCAAGAUGGGGCCGGAGAUUGAGGAGCGCGCCUCGGAGGAGCGCGUGCGGGACCGGAGGGGACUCAGGGAGACCUGGGACCUGGGGUGGGGUGGGGGACACGUGGGUGUCUUCCUCCGGGAGCGCAAGUCGAAGGGAGCAGUCUUCAGGCACCUCCGGGUGGUGGCCAGUAUUCGGAGGGUGGGCAGCUGAGGCUGGGGAGGGUGCGUGGCUCUGCGUGACGGGCCGUCACCGAGAGAUUGAUUGAGUCUGGGAUGGAGAGUUUCUUUUUGGCCUUGGACAAGGGUUUGACAGGCCUCUUGGAGGGGGCACAGGAGGAGCCUGAGACAGCAGGCUUAAAACUUGAAAAUUACUUUCAGAGCGGUGGUGUGUAUGGAGGGGGGGGGGGCGACGGAAAAGGGGCGCACCAGGACCUCUUGCUGCUGCAAAAGGAAUUCCAGAUGCAUGAGUCAUUUUGUGCAUCUGGCUUUACAUAGGCACUUCGGCACUGAACCCUGGCCUGCAGGCUUUGCAAACAAGCACCUUUAACCGCUGAGCCAUCUCCUCAGCCCACAGCUUUUUUUCUUUAAAGGGCACCUCCAUGCACCCACAUACUAUCUAACAGAAGACUCCAGGGCAAGUAGGUGCUGAGACAGUGCCACUCCAACAUACGAAUUCAGCACACGGCCUGAACUGGACCGUGGCUUGCUAGCCGGUAUCAUUGUCCUGACGGUGGUCCCGCCCAGUCGCUGCAGUCUCGUGUGGACAGUGCCACCUGGACUUUGUCUUUUUCAUCACUGUCCAACAAAGCGAGCUCUUAGCCCGCCAGCCACAGCCUUGCUGCAGUCCUCUGGACCCCAGCUUCUUUCUAGGUGUUACCCUACGGAUCAGGUUUCACUUGUCUGUCACUGGGACCAACCAGCUCAGCCCAGUCUGCUGCAGAACCUGGAGCCAGCAACUUCUCGUCUGGACUUGAGAUACCUCAGCUGGGGUCCUCAUUUUAAGUGGGUGCAGUGUCCCUAGGUUAGUCACCCAGCUUGGUUUGAAAAUAAAACGUGUAAUUUUGA